AUGUCUCAACAGGUCGCCCUGAAUUCAAUCCCGUCCCUCGAGGACAGACUCUGCCCGGGCUGCAAGCAGUAUGCCGUCAACGAGAAUGGAGGUUUAGUUGUCGCGUUUGGACAGUCAUUUUUUCAUGUCGACUGCUUUAAAUGCGCGAAAUGCCAUCAACAGGUGACCGCUGACACGAAUUUGCUACUACUUUCAGAUGGCUCGCCAAUAUGCGCCAACUGUUCGUAUAAUUGUAACGUUUGCCACCAACCCAUCCUCGACGAAGCUAUCAUGACCGGAGACGAUUCAUACCACGCACAUUGCUUUAAUUGCAAGGUUUGUCAUAACCGAAUCGACGAACUAGUAUUCGCCAAGACCAGUCAUGGCAUCUAUUGCAUGACUUGUCAUAACGAACGCAUGGCCAAGAUUCGCCGCCAUGCACAGAGGAAGCGCGAACGGGAGAAGGCUGCUGAGGGAAGUGCGUCAUCUUCAACACGGGAACGAGAAGCACGAGAAUUUUUGGCAGAGAACGCGGUGUCUGAUCGACAACAAGCUGUUUCGCGCCCUUCGUCUUCAUCUGUGCGUUUGAAACCUUCAGCGAUGACUUUUCGGGAUACUCCAUCCAUGAGGAGUCUCAAUCAACCCAGAGAGGACGCCUUGUCAGCGCUGGAACGAAAUCAAAAACCAACAUUUCAGGAUGAACCUCUUCAAACAUCAGCCAAGAAUGGUGUGCAUCCGUCGAUCUUUCCUUCGAGCCCCCGGCCGAUCCAGCAUAAACUUCUCGCCUCUUCACUAUCAUCACGUGAUGCACAAGCACAAUCAUUCGCAGUAACUAUCGCACCCCCCGACAACAGCGACGACGGUGGCGCUGAUCAUACCCAAGUGAUCAUAAUUGAUGAUUCAGAUGCGUCAAGCCCACAGGUGUCGUCUCAGUCUGUUCCUAUAACUCCUUUAGAGAGCCUGCAGACUCAGGAUGGAGUUGGAGGGUCAUUGUUAAAUCCAUCGUCAAUUACGGACCCAUCUAGCGCACUUUCCAGGAGAAAAAGCUAUGAUGACGGUGUUCGGCCACUGAACGUCCUCUUCGCAAAGAAAGGACAUACAGAGAAGGAUUCUUUGGACCAGCCUAGCCUGGACGUACCGAAUGUCACGUCUCGCAGUGAGAAGCGGCGGUCCAUUAACCCAGGACUUGCUCUGGAUUAUAAGAAAUUUUCCCGGCCUCCUACUACAGCCGGACUUUCUCUGCCAGAACAGAUGAUUCGGUCCCAGACGUUACCUGCAAACCGUAGCGACUCACCCGUUGCCCCAUCUCCCUCCAAGCCAAUCUUUUCCGAUUCAUUUUCAUCUCGCCGGGCAUCCAAUAUCAGUCUACUUCGUGACAACGCCUCAAUCUCGACCAUAUACCAUUCUCCUCCUUCAUCACCUGCUCCUGUUCCUCAAGAAAAUGGGCGAGCAACACCCGAUGGUCGGAUGCGCUCAAUGUCGCAUGACCCCCUUCAACCCCAGUCCGCACCACAAUAUGCCCGCCCGACGACCCAGUUACGUCGGAUAAGUCCUAAUUUGGAGAAAGUUUCUGCUCGUCCAGACUCACAGAAUCAUGCGAGAAACUCAGUCAACGGCCUGCAUACUCAGCAGGUCGAUGGACGUCUGUCUCCCUCUGGCCCUUCGAGCGAGAGAACAUUGCGCAUAGAUAAUGCACCCAGUGGCUCAAUAUCAGAUCGCUCUGGUGUAGUUACUCCGACGUCCCCAUCUCAUAGAGCGGAUGUCCCUCACGGGAUCGAGAGUGGUACAGACACAGACGCAGAAGGGGAUGGCAGUCGCAAGUCUUCAGACGGCAGCCUUUCACCCACUGCUCCUGCUCCUCCUGUCCCACCCAAAGAGUACAGGGCAAAGGCACGCGCAAAUGAGCUCAAGCUGGACAUUGAUCCCGAUGCAUCUGCCAUAUCACAUAUAGAUUCUAACUCGGAUGAAUCUUCGCCAGUUGAACGCACGUCGGUCUCAACGUUUAUCGCGCCCGCCCUUCUUCCUCCUAUUCGCUUUUCCAUGACGGGCUCGGACUUCUCAGACUUCCUGAGGUCAGUGGGCGGAAUGCCAUCUCUCAAAUCGCUCGAUCAGAUUACCGAGGGAGAUGACUCUCGCAAGGAUGAACCGUUACCUAGUCCAGCAACAGUUAGUGGCGCCAAUGGAAACGAACCAUUUCUACCGCAUCCCAACAGCCGCACUGAUCACCAACAAGAUCCCUCGAAUUCUUCUCAAUCACUUGAUGCCGAGGCGAAAGACCUGCUUUCAAGCUUGCCUCACGACUUCUCGUCAAGAGGCCGCUCUUCUUCCGAGUCGCAUCAUCCCUCUCUUCACAGCCAUGGAGCGAGGCACGAGACGCUGGACUCGAAUGUAUCUUUGGAUCCCAAUGCGCACAUCAUCGUCACUUCACCCGAUUCAACCAUUUCAACGCCUGUUUCCAGCGAUUCGUAUGAUCUUGUGAUUCGUCGCCUUCAUGAGAUUCUCGAUGACGCAAGCGAACACGGCUAUCAGCAAUUGAAAUUGGACAAGAACUUCGUCUGGACCAUCAUUACGUCGAUGAAGCAACGACAGAUAGAAUAUGGAGAGCUCAAGCACAAGUAUGACGGCACAAAGAGGGCGAGCCAGCAAUAUAUCGAGGGUCUUACCGUCGCCCAGAAGGAGCAUGACCGCGAACUUGUUGCUCGACGGAAUGCCGAAGCAGAGGUCACCCGCCUGCGUGUUUUGCUAUCUGGUCAAGCUGCAAAGUUGACUGCUCUCAACGGCGAGGCAAAUAGGUCGGAAACACGACGACAGCUUUCCCAGGACCUUGCCAAAAAGCUGGAUCUGUUGGAGCACGAUCUGUCCCAUCUGAAAGCGGAGCGAGAUAUGACUUUAGCAGAGCUGGAAGAACUCUGCGCGUCAAAGAAUUGCCCUAGCGUUACAAACUCGGGCGAGAUACCUGCCGCACAGAUGAGCCGGUCUUUGACCAUGCGCUUAGACAACAUCAAGACGCAGUAUCAGCACGAACUCAUUCCUCUCACCCAGCAGCGCGAGGCUCUCAUCAGAGAGGUGGCAGAGUUGAAAGCUGCCCGCGAACAAUUCCUCGAGGAGACCACUGUCCUUAACGCUCGAAACGAAGAACUGGCGCAGCUUAGUGCUCAGUAUGUGCGUCGAAUAGAGGCCUCUCGCUCUGCAACACCUACUAUAGAUGUCAUUGGCUCGAAGGACGAAUCAAUAGCAAACUCCGUUCGCGAGAAGAGUACAUCGUUUGACCGCGAACACCCUCAGUCUGACUUCCCAUCAAUGUCUUCAUCACUCAAUGGCUUGGCAGCGCGCAGCACGACAACGUUGGUUGAGGAGUCAGAGGCCAAGUUUAACAAGGCCAACCGCCUCGAGACGGCAGAUUCCAUGCCCUCAACGCUGAAGUCUGCAAAGUUCAAGUGGCCUAUGGCUAGAGGUCGGGAUCCCUCACUCUCAUCAAUUGAUCAGAAGGGCAAAGGUCGGGUGGCUCAUUCCUUCAACCAGACGAGCGUACUCCGCUUUACGCGGUGCGAUCAUUGUGGAGACAAGCUAUGGGGUUCCCAGUUUCGAUGCUCAGGCACGUCAUUCUGUCAUAUAUCCGUACAUCCUCGCUGCGUGAAUCAAGUGUGUGCAGCAUGUUCUCAACAGCCGCCUCGCCGAGACGAUGCAAUUACACAAUCUCGUGAUCGAACAUUAGUUCCCUCCAUGUUUGGUCGCGAUCUUGUAGAACAAGUGAGAUCGGAUUCAAAGCGGGGUGAACGGAGAGUCCCUGUUAUCGUUGAGAAAUGCAUCGACGCGGUAGAGGCACUCGCACUGGACUACGAGGGUAUCUAUCGCAAAACUGGCGGUUCUGGGCAAACAAAAAUCAUCACGCAGCUAUUCGAGCGAGGGGACUAUGGGGCAUUCGAUCUGCGUGACGACGAUCGGUUCAAUGAUAUCUGCAGUGUCACUUCCGUCUUAAAGACAUAUUUCCGUCAAUUACCUGUCCCUCUUUUGACUUAUGACCUUCAUGGAGAGUUUAUCUCAGCCACCUCACUCAAGGAUCCUGGGCUCAAAACCCAGUAUAUGCAGGAAUUGAUCAACCGCCUUCCCAGCGAACACUAUCACACUCUACGCUUGCUUGUAUUGCAUUUACACCGUGUAUUGGAACACAGCGACAAAAAUCUCAUGAAUGCGAGGAACUUGGGGGUGGUCUUUGGACCCACGCUAAUGCGUUCUUCAGAUCCAGGUUCUGAGUUCAGUGACAUGGCUGGCAAGGCCAUGAUGAUUGAAUGGCUCGUAGAUAACGCACCCUCCAUUUUCCAGUCGCAAAUAUCUCGUUGA